AUGAGCGGAGGCGGCGCCCUGCAGCAACGCACCACCUACCUCAUUUCCCUCACCCUGGUCAAGGUAGAGGCCGUGGAGGAGAAUGGAGGGGAGGCCAAGAACGGCAGCCAGGGGAAGGAGGUGGAGGCCGAAGGUGGAGCUCCUGCGCGGGCUGAAAACGGAGCCGGAGUGGUUAUUGGGCAGCCACAAAGAGCCGAGGAUGGUGGCGUUGUUGGGAAAGGAGGCGGCGAUGAACUCAAGGAUGGAGACAGGAAGAACCUGAGUCCCCUGAAAGACAAACUUCCCCCCAGCGGGAGUGAAAAGCCGCCGUGCAACCUCUCCAUUCCCGUUCCUGCUGAGAGAAUCCAGAAGUCAGUAGUUGAGAAGACCACUCCAGAGGCCAAGCAAUGGUCUCCAACGCCGAGCACCCCGGAGGCGGUGGAGCCGAGCCGCACCCCGACCAGGACCAGCCUCCCGAUCCGGCCGGCUGGUCAACGGCCGGUGAGUCUGCUCAAGUCUCACAGCAGCGUGGCCACCAGAGGUCGCGACUCCAGGGAGGGCCGAGAGCGCAGCCCGACAUCGGCCCAGAGCCUCGACCGCAAGGACUGCCGGGUGGCGACUCGCUCGCCGGGCCCCUGCAGGGCCUCCUGGGCAGAGGUGAGCCGGCCUGAAGGGUGGAGGGACCUGCGGGACGAAGCUCCCGGUGGGUUACCGCUGGAGAUUGGAGGCGGCAUGGCUGCGGUGAUGAGGGACAUCCCCAGGAAGGACAGGCUAAAGACGGGGUCAACCUCCCUGCCUGCACCUCCCAGCCAGGCCCCCAAACCGGCACGGAAAGGUAAAAGCCGAACGCUGGAUAACAGCGACCUGAACAGCCUGUCUGAAGAUCUGGGUCUGGCCAGAGAAGCCCAGCAGGCUCAGCAGGGCCAACGAGGCUCCGCAAAGGACCGGAAGAUGCUCAAGUUCAUCAGUGGCAUCUUCACGAAGAGCAGUUCAGGGGCGGCGGGGUCAUCGUCAACAGCGCCUCCAGUUUAUAUUCAGAGGGACUCCAGCGAGGAGGAAGGUAGGGACAACAUCUCACAACAUAAAAUCAGCAGCACCAACCCCCGUGUGAUCGAGGACCAGCGAGCCCGACAGCUGUGCAUCGACGUCCGUCACUCGCUGUUCUACGAGACCUGCGCCACCUACGGCUUCAACGUGGACCGAGUGUUUUCCGAGGCUGCUCAGAAGAUCGUAACUCAGAAGAAGCAGGCGGCGCUUCAGGCCUGCAAAUCUCUGCCCAACUCGCCGAGUCACUCCGGAGGCUCCACGCCCGGAUCGGCGUCGUUCCCCGGACAGUCCGAGAGUUAUAUUUAUUGUGUGAAAGUGCGCUCACUCCUCGCUCUGAAUGAACUCGCCGUGCUUCCUUCCCUCCUCUUCUCUCAGGGCAUUCUGGGAAGUCCAAAGAGCGGCAAGUCGGCGCUGGUGAACAAAUACAUCACAGGCAGUUAUGUUGCGCUGGAGAAACCCGACGGCGGACGGUACAAGAAGGAGGUUCUGGUGGACGGGCAGAGUCACUUGCUGCUGAUCCGAGAGGAGCCCGGACCUCCUGAUGCACAGUUCAGCAGCUGGGUGGAUGCCGUGAUCCUGGUCUUCAGCCUGGAGAAUGAGGCCAGUUUCCAGGAGCUCUACCAGCUCUACAGUCAGCUCAGCUCGUACCGGUCCGACAUCCCCGUCAUCGUGGUCGGAACACAAGGUCAGACACAGCACAUGGAUCAGGAACACUUAAAAAUAUACGUUUCCAAGGCGCCGCUAGAGCUCACCUGCCCUGUUAUUCCAGAGGUGGAGUCCUCAGACGUCCACGAAGGCUUCAUGAACAUCGCCAACAGCCAGGAGUGGACGCUGAGCAGAUCCAUCCCGGAGCUCAGACUGGCCGUUAACGGCCCCGGUAGCGGCUACGCCUACUCCCUCCCCUCCACCCCGGUGGUGCUUCACAGGGAUCUCCGGGUGGCUCAGGGUGAGGCGGGAGGCAGCGCCAACCUGCGCACCCUGAAGGGCAUCCCCAGACGGCCUUCGCUCUUCAAGAACCGGGACCCGGACAAAAAGGCCGGCGAUGCUAAAGGAGACCUGAGCGGCGUGCGGGGCGUCCCGAUCAAACAGAGCAUCCUGUGGAAGAGAAGUGGCAGCUCUCUGAAUAAGGAGUGGAAGAAGAAAUACGUCACCCUGUCCAACAAUGGCACGCUGUCGUACCACUCCAGCUCCAGUGACUAUACGCAGAAUAUCCACGGAAAGGAAAUCGACCUGCUGCGCGUUACAGUUAAAGUUCCUGGGAAACGUCCUCCGAGGGCCGUCGCACCUGCGGGGCCCUCACCUGUCCCCCCCAUCGCCACACCGAGAGUCAAUGGGCUGAGCAAAGAGCCAGCCGCCGCUGACAACACCAGCACAGUUCCCCAGUUGUGUCCGGCCACCCUGUCCGUGGUCGAUGACCGGUCUGGCGGUUUGUCUCCUCAAGGAGGCGAGAGAGGACUUCAGCGCUGCCCCUCCUCGCUGUCCACUAAAGCACAAAGUGUUGAUGCCCUCGAAGCGACGGCCAGUCCUUUCGCCGGAAAAGACUCCAGUCAGUCGUCCCCCAUGAGCGACAGGAAGAAGAACCGGAGGAAGAAGAGCAUGAAUCAGAAAGGAGACGCAGCCGUCGGACAGGCCGAAGAGGAAGAGAACGCAGACUUCAUCAUCGUGUCGUUUACGGGGCAGACGUGGCACUUCGAGGCCCCGAGUCUGGAGGAGAGAGACUCGUGGGUGUCGGCCAUAGAGAGUCAGAUCCUGGCCAGUCUGCAGUCCUGCGAGAGCGGCAGGAACAAGGCACGAAGGAGCAGCCAGAGUGAAGCUGUAGCGCUGCAGGCCAUCAGAAACGCCAAAGGCAACGGCCUGUGUGUGGACUGCGAAGCGCCGAAUCCCACCUGGGCCAGUCUGAACCUGGGCGCUCUGAUCUGCAUCGAGUGUUCGGGGAUCCACAGGAACCUGGGGACCCACCUGUCUCGUGUCCGCUCGCUGGACCUGGACGACUGGCCCGGAGAGCUCACGCAGGUCCUGGCCGCCAUCGGGAACCACAUGGCCAACAGUAUCUGGGAGAGCUGCACGCAGGGCCGGACCAAGCCGGCGCCGAACGCAACACGGGAGGAGCGAGAGUCGUGGAUUCGAGCGAAGUACGAGCAGCGAGCGUUCGUGCCUCCUCUGCCGCCUCCUUCAGGAAACCAGCCUCCAGACGACAGCAUGCCGACGUGGCUGCUGGCCGCCGUGAACGACAGAGAUCUUCCCCGACUGCUGCUGCUGCUGGCCCACAGCUCCAAGGACCUGAUCAACGCCCAGCCGGCCGGGUCGCCGUCGCCUCGGUCGGCGCUGCACGCCGCCUGCCAGCUGGGAGACGUGGUCAUGACCCAGCUGCUGGUCUGGUACGGCAUCGAUGUGAGAGCGAAGGAUAGCCAAGGCCAGACGGCCAUGAUGAUGGCCAGGAAGACGGGGAGCAAAGGCUGCAUGGAUAUUCUGCUCCAGCACGGCUGCCCCAGCGAGACGUCGCCCACCGCCUCCGCCGCCACGCCCAUCCUCGCCCGCCGCUCCAGCACCGCCAGCCUGGGCCGGACCAGCUCCAGGAAGCGGGUGUCGUAGCCUGGACUGAACCGCGGCCGGAGGCCCGGACGGCGGCCGAGCUGACUGUGGAGGGGUGUAGUAUAACGAAACGAUCAAACACGUGUUUUUUCUGAAGACUGAACAACAUAUCAAACAACUUAUAAGCAAUAUUCAUUCAGUUUGUUGAUGACAGACAUAUUGCUGAAAUACUGUGUUGUUGUUGACCUCAUCUCAAACCGACUCCAGUAGAACUGUAGCUGUCUCCUGUAACGUUAGAGCAGAAACUCUCAACCUGCUUCUGUUUCACUUCCACCACAAGAAGUGCAAUAAUCCAGCUACGAUGACGAAAAGCAACAAGUUUUAGUGUCGAGCGACGACAGACUCAGUACGAGGAGAGGUUGAUGCUUUUGUUCAGAUUUGUUGUGACUGGACCAAAACUGCUGUUUCUUUUCUUUUUUCUUUUUUCUUUUCUUUUCCUUUGGCUUUACAGAUGAAACCUACGAUAUGUCAUGUUGUUAGUUCUGUGUCAGUUCGACCAAUAUAAACUGUUUUUCAGUGAAGAUUCCGCUGAGAUAAUUCUGCUUAGACUAGAAAAAUGAAUGGUUUGGAUUAUGAAAUAUGUCAGUGUUACAAUCACAGGUCCGACAUACGCCGUUUUAAUAUGCUGUAAAUGUACCUAUACUACAUACUUAAUGUUAAACUCUGUAACAAAGACACAACCGAAGAACCAGACUCGAUUUUUGUAAAUGAUUUCUUACUGGUAGUUUUAAACGAUGCGUUGCUUGUUUUUUUUCAUUGUCUUUUAUAAUUUCCUAUUCUCCUACAUGUCAUGAACCAGUGAACAGAUGGUUUUACAUACGUGGCUAUUUGUUGAAAGUUUAAUUUUUGGGAUUUAGCCGAGAGACUUUACAUGAAGACAUCACUCGCGUUCAUAUUUACUGUUGUGUAGGUUCGAUCCCAUGAGUUUACAGUGAAGUACGAAGCGGUCGCAGGUGUCCUCCCGACACUUUGUGGGUCAUGUGAAUCCCUCAUGAGCUAAAACAAAUGGUUACUGGAAUAAAAUAAACUUUUUUUAAUUAGCAUUAA